UGUGUUGUUGAAAGUGUGCUCAUUAUGGUAAAAUGUAAAGGUUCUCUGUUUAUUUGUGAUAAUGUGGGAUCAGUUUAGUAGUGCUGAUAAUAUUCAAGGUAAUAAUUACUUAGCCCUAGAACAAUUAAACAGCUAGAGUGGCAUACCUCUGUCACCCCUUGUAGCAGCAAUAAAAUCUAGUAAUUCCCUCCAUGUCCCAAAGGCAAUCACUUCAAGACGAUACAACCAAAUCCAUUAUUUUUUAAUUAUCCAGUUGAUAGACAGACAAAAGGUGAUCACAGAAUCUCAUCUGCCAAAGGGUGUGGUGGAGGUAAUCACUAAAGAUGAAUCAAUUAAGACAGCUGCCUUGCGAUUUAACACAUUUUUCUUUCUCCCUUAUUUUUGUUGCACACAUCCGCAAUCCUUAUCUUUCACUGAUCAUUUACAGCAUAGUGGAUAGAUUCAGAAUUCAAUUAACAGUUCAGUCAAACCUGAUUAAUUCAUCUCAACUGAAAAACUACUGUACGCAGCCCUUUUAGAAAAAAAAAAGACGGCUCUUCAGAAAUAUGAUUUGUGAGAUGUGGAGUUGGUUGCAUGAGUGUGACUGGAGCAACUGGGGGCAUUUUUUUUUCUCACUGAGCACAAUUCAGUGUGAGGAAUUGCCACCAACACAGCUUCUGACAUUUUCAUUUGGUUUUUGAAUUAACAAAGAGCCGGGUGGGGCUGAGUACAUUGAGGGCUUUGGGGCCAGACCACUCCUCAGGCUGUGUCAGAAGAAUCUAGUUCGGUGGACUUUUUCAAAAGGAACGAGUCCUCCCACAUAAUUAGCAUGACCCCCUCACCCGCCCAGCCCCACUACUUGAGGAUCAUGUAUCCAGCAGGGUGUUUUCUUCAGUUGGCUUCAUUUUGUAGUAAGCUUCGUAAGGACGGCUGUGGCUGCUUGUGAUUUUCCACAAGAAGUCUCACAAUGGGGAGGAUUGCGAAGGAGGUGGCGGGCCAGGUGUUUCUCUUCACCGGCUUCCUUGGGGUGAUCAUCGUGUGUGGGAUCCCGAUGUGGAGAGUGACCUCGUACGUGGGCGCCAACAUCGUGACAGGCCAGAUCAUCUGGGACGGGCUGUGGAUGAACUGCAUCAUGCAAAGCACGGGCCAGAUGCAGUGCAAGAUGCACGAGUCCCUGCUCAAGCUCUCGCGUGACCUGCAGGCUGCCCGGGCCCUCAUCAUCAUCUCCAUCGUGGUUGGCUUCGUCGGGCUCCUUAUGACUUUCAUCGGAGGGAAGUGCACCAGCUGCUUGGACAACGACUCCUCUAAAGCCAAGGUGGUGAUUUUUGGGGGCAUCUUGAGCAUCAUCGCCGGGGUGCUAUGCCUCAUCCCCAUCUGCUGGUCAGCCACUACCACCAUCACGGACUUCCAGAACCCUUUAAUUAAUGACUCCCAGAGAAGGGAGUUGGGGUCUGCCAUUUUCAUUGGAUGGGGGACUUCUGCUCUGCUUAUCAUUGGUGGGUCGAUCCUCUGUACAUCCUGUCCGCCAGAGGAAAAUGUGUACGGCUACCGGAACUACCCUCCCCAGUACAUCUAUCCAGGUUCCGUAGUGACCACUGGGACUUACAUGCCCGCAAAGACAUACAUGCCCAGCAGACCAAAUACAGCUCCAGAGCAAUACAUCCCCAACCAAGCCUAUACAGCCACAAGACCAUAUUCACCUGGAAAUUAUGUUUAA